AUGGGCAUGACUGAAGCCAAAGACGGCUUCCUCACCAUUGAGGCUAAGCCAUACCCCUUUUCUUUCCCUCUUCAGAACACCGCACUGCUUGUCAUAGACAUGCAAAGGGAUUUUAUCUUAGCUGGUGGGUUUGGAGAGAUCCAAGGAGGAAAUCUCGAGGCCGUUCAGGCCUCAAUAGCACCAACCAAGUCUUUACUUGAGGCAUGUAGAAAUGCCGGGAUGCAAAUCUUCCAUACCAGAGAGGGCCAGGUGCCCUCACUUGCAGAUUGCCCUUCAUCCAAGCUCGUCAGACAAGUGGCGGCGCCAGGAAACACUCAGCACAAUAAAGUCAUUGGCGAUAAAGGGGAAAUGGGCCGGCUACUAGUUCGAGGCGAAUAUGGCCACGACAUUGUCGAUGAACUACAGCCUUUGGCGGCAGAAAUCGUCAUUGACAAGCCUGGAAAAGGCUCGUUUUGGAAUACCGGCAUAAUGCAUAAACUGAAAGCUCGAGGAAUCACGCAUUUACUUGUCUCAGGGGUUACCACGGAAUGCUGCUUUUCCACCACCAUUAGAGAAGCUAAUGAUCGGGGGUUUGAGUGCUGUGGGAUAACUGAGAGCACCGCUGGAUACAAUGCAGCGUUCAAAACUGCAUCAUUGGACAUGAUAUAUUGGUCUCAGGGGCUAUUUGGCUUCGUGGCAGACCUUCAGCCCGUUUUGGACGUUUUGUCACCUUGGAAAAAAGAGAGUAAUGGGGAAACCACUCCGCCUCAGACCCCACCGAUGUGGAAUGGUAAACUUGGAAUUUCAGACCUUCACCAGUCGUACAAGAGUGGUCUCUCGCCGAUUGAACUUGUCAAUACUUUGUACGACACGAUAGAGAAAUACGACCGAGUCGACCCAGCCGUUUGGAUCAAGCGCCAAAGUCGAGAUGCAGUCCUCGAGUCUGCUCGGAAGCUGCUGGAACAAUAUCCAGACAGAAACUCGUUGCCUCCACUGUUCGGUGUCCCGUUCACGGUCAAGGAUUCGAUAGAUGUGCAAGGCAUCGAAACCACGACUGCAUGUCCACCGCUGGCAUAUGUGGCUACCACGUCUGCGGUGGUUUUCCAAAAAGUGAUGUCCCAGGGGGCCAUUUAUCUGGGCAAGGUCAAUCUUGACCAGCUAGCGACUGGCCUCAGCGGAUGCCGGAGUCCUUAUGGUGUGACACAUUCUGUUUUCAGCGACAAGCAUAUUUCUGGUGGUAGUAGUAGCGGAAGCUGUGUAAGCGUUGGUGCAGGCUUGGCAACGUUCUCAUUAGCAACCGACACAGCGGGGUCUGGUCGUGUGCCAGCUGGGUUCAAUGGUGUCGUGGGCUACAAACCAACCAGGGGCCUCAUCUCAUUCGAGGGUGUAACACCUGCUUGCUUGUCACUUGAUUGCAUAGCGUUCACCGCCCGAACCGUGGGGGAUGCUCGAACCUUGUGGCAGGUAAGCGAAGAAUUCGACGUCAAAGAUAGAUAUGCCCGAGACACGUUCCCGCUUGAACGACACGUCAAUUCACUUGGUUCACAAAGAACGGCAUUUCGUUUUGGCAUACCGCCUCCGGAAGUUCUUGAGAUAUGCUCUCCAACUUUCAGAAAACUAUUCAACGAGGCAGUGCAAAGACUUCAGCAGAUGGGUGGGAUAUUGACAGCAAUUGACUGGACACCGUUUCAACAAGCAGGCGAUCUGCUGUACGCAGGCACGUUCGUGUCCGAGAGACUGGCAAGCCUACCUGACGAUUUCCUGGACAAGAACCGACAACAUUUACACCCAGUCAUUCUGGAAUUAUUUGAACAAGUUGUUGCACGACAGAGUACGGCGGUCCAACUGUUUCGGGACCUCCAGAUGAAGGCUUUGUGCACCCGGAAUGCCACUGCUCAAUUCGCGUCGGCGGAUAAAUUGGGCAUUGACGUUUUGGUGGUACCGACAGCACCCGAGCACCCCACGAUUGAGGCGAUGCUGGCGGAUCCAAUCAAGAUGAACAGCAAAAUGGGCACGUUUACACAUUUUGGCAACGUGUUGGAUCUCUGCGGGGUGGCGGUGCCAAGUGGAACAUAUGUGGCUGUCGACGAGGCUACACCGCGAUUGCCGUUCAGCGUCACCUUUCUGGGGGCACGGUGCACCGACUCGGAGAUGUUGCAGAUCGCCAGUAGGUUUCAACGCCAAAGCGAAGCCGAGGACAAGUGA